AUGGCACCACCAACGAUCCCGAAGGGCCAGACGGUCAUGUGCGCGGAGUGGACAGUCGGACAGCGCAUGGACGAACAGAUCGGCAUCAACAUGCCGUUCGCGGAGAAGAAGACCUUCGUCUACAAACACGCAACCGACGAUACUUUGUACUGGAGCACAAACAGAAACGACAUCCCUUGCAACAGGGCGUUGCUGCUGACCGUUGACGAACUCGACAAGGGCUACGCCAAUCGAUCCCGUAAAUUCAACAAUCGGGCACGGUACUCUGUCGAUCGUGUUACCCUUAUAGACGGUCAGGAGCACAUCGUCAUGCGCCUUACGAUCAGAUACCCCCUCUUCACCAUCCACAAGGUCAAACGGACUGAACGCUGCCUGGUCGACUUGGACACCGGUAAAGAGAUCGAGGGUGCUGCAAAGGCUAAGGGUCAGCCUCAGAGGAAGAAUUACUGGUUCUCAUGUGCUUCGAUCCCCAGGGAUCGGUACGAAGACAGAAUCAGACUCGACGAUCCUAGCGCCGAUCUCGUGACCUUGAGCAACGGGCGGAUAGCGUAUCGUGACUUUGUGGAGGAGGUCUACCGGACGAAGUCAGGUGAAGAGUUCUUUAGGUCGGAGCUGGGACUGGAAACGGGCAUGGGAGUGUUCGAGUCGAACGGCGAGACGUUCAUCUGGAAGGCGAAUCCUGAUGACCUGAUCCAUGCGAUUCCGAUCUACGAAGCGGAUAACGAUCGGAGGGCCAGACGUUAUUUCGUCACUGGAGAAGUCAUGCCAUGA